UUCUGCCUCAGCUUUUGUCUUGAGCUGCACUAUCACACGCAAUAGUCAGCAUGACAAGCUCUCACACCAUGCAAUAUAUCGGACUUCUGUUGCUGGCUGCAAUUCUUCUCCAGACAAUAGCCGUGGCUGUAACUUUCAUAUACUUUAGUAACGUUUUAACGACGAUGAAAGAAACCUUCUCCAAGAGCAGUGUUUCGUGCCUGAUGCGCGCCAACCUCAGGACUAUAAAGGGUCAGGAGUUAAACGCGGCGGAGGGAAAAGACGACCCCUGCUGGCAGGUCACGCAACAGCUCCACUUUCUGAUUGAAAAGUCAAUGUCCAGUCGUUAUCAGAAAGAAAUUUCAUCAGCAGUCAAAGAUGAAGUCUCUCGUGUACUUCCCUCAUUGGUGAUCCAAGACCAAGACGAUUCCCCUCGGCCUAAAAUAGCAGCACAUGUGACAGGCAGCUACACACCCGAUACCGAAAAAGAUGGAGGAGGUCUACCGAACAGGAAGGGCUACGGCCAGAAGAUCCAAUCGUGGGAAUCUGAAAAGGGUCUGGCUUUCCUCCAGAAUGUAGAGUUAAGUGACGGAGAACUGGUGGUGCCACAGGCUGGCCUUUACUACAUCUACUCCCAAACUUACUUCAGACAUACGCUAAUCGAGGAAGACGAAAGUAACAAGGAGGUAGAAGGCACUUCUGGCGAGUCUGUUCGGGGCAAACCGAUGCUACAGUAUGUUUACAAAAAAGUGAGCUCAUACCCAGUGCCUAUUCUGCUAAUGAAGAACGCUCGGACGACAUGCUGGUCCCGUGACAUGGAAUUUGGGCUGUAUUCCAUCUACCAAGCUGGGCUUUUUCAGUUAGGAGGAGGGGAUAGGGUGUUUGUGACGGUCAGCAACGUGAGCACCAUCGACAUGGAUGAGAAGUCGAGUUUCUUCGGUGCAUUCUUGGUAAGCUAAUCGCAAAAGGAUGCGCAAUGGAAAAACGCACCUCUUGUUUGUUUUGAGUGCCGCUCUACAAGAUCAGCGACAAGACUCAGCUUGCUCGGUAUUUUUACCAAAGCUAUCUUUGAAAGGCAGCCAAAUGCCUUAAAACAUUUAGAUGUGCUAGCCGAGAUGCACUGUCGCUUGCCAAAACAGUUAACUUUGAUUGAUUAGAUGUUUGAAAGGUGUAAAUAUUUGGCACUUUUUUUACAUUUGGCCUGCAAAUCUAGUCAUAAAUCAGUUUCUAGGUGAAAUCUGUGUUGGAAUGGAAUGCCCUGCGAGGGGAGAGGCGAGAACUCAUCACAUCUGUCUGCAGGGGCAAGGGGCUUGCCAGGUCAUUUGGAUGCAAGUCGUUUGGACACGGUGGAUCACUUUGUUGUGUCUGUCCAGGCAGGAAAGGAAGGUGUGACUAUGUGCAAGUGUGCCUUAGGAUGAGCUUUUCCUUGGAUCUGUGACUUCAUGUAGCAUAUUUUGGGACAUUGAAAUACGUGAAAAGAGGCUUUUCAUUGUUUUGUCUUUAAAGGUGAUGCACGUAAUUAUUGGCGUCACCAAACAGAAUUGCACAAGCAAUGACCUGGUCUGCUGAACACUCCCCCAUCUUCCAUUGGUUGGACUAACAGAUAUUCCCACCCCAAACUCAUGCCAUUGGUUGAGCCAGCUUUGCUGCAUCAUGCUGGUCAGGACACUCAAAGAAACAGAACAAUAUUUGGAAAGAACCAAUGAGCCACAGUGUUAUACUUUUCGGAGGAAUCAACCUACGAAUGGCUUAUACUGUAGUUGACCCUACGUAUUAAGCUGGGAUAGAAGAAAGUAUUUUAACAUCCAAAUGAUUACACACUUCAUCUUUAAGAAUGGCCCAAACUUAAAUGCACUCUUGUGAUGUGAAACUCUGUAUUUUAUAAAUCAUCCCUUGAUUGUAUUUCUGAGGUAUUGUGUGUGUGUGUCUGUAUGUGUGAGUAUUUUCAUAUCAUUUCAGGUUUUUUUUACAACAUAAUUCAUUCCAAGUGAUCUCCAGCACACCCAUUUUCUUGGUAAGCAUGAAUCUAUGAAUGUACAUACCCGAAAUGUGAAGAUCACUGUGACAUUUUGUUAAAGGGUAAAUUGUCUUGUACAUAAUUUCUUUUGUAUAUACAUUUACCAUUGCCAAAUAUAUGAGGAAUAUACAGAUGUAAAAAUGCUACACCUGAGACCACACUAAAUAAAGUCUUUUCACCAUUU